AUGCGCGCAUAUGCGUGAAACGGAACACAGCUUGAGUCACAAUUUUUCAUAGCCAUUGUGUCAUAUGCUUUCGUCAGACUGCGCGUGGCGCGAAUAAAUCGUUCGAAAACGUUAGUCCUCGCUGACGGACGAGACGGAAUACGCGUAAACAUUCGCGUGUUAAUUUUAAGCUAACCGUAAAAAUUUGUCAUAUCUUCAAAAUUGAGGUGUAAUUUUCUAGUAUCUUAUUUAGAACUGACUGUGACUAUCUAGUUUAGAACACAUAUUGCUAUUGUUUUUUGCAUGUGUGUACAAUACAUGGUUCAUCAAGGUUAUCGUAUCUAUAUCAUUAAUAGCACUCUGAUCACAUUAAUAAUUAUCCGUAUCUAAUUUCUCGUUAAUUAAUAUUAAUUAUUAUAUUUUUACUUUAGCUUAAGUUCUUACAAUAAAAAUGUUCAAGUAUAAAUUGUAAGAUAUGUGAUGUGACAGAUGUAUCUCGGCAAUUAUCAAAUGGUUUUUUGUUUGCAGAUAAUAUUUUACAAUCAUGACGUAUUGUUUCAUAAAGAAGUACAUUAGUAUAUGUUAUUUCCCUCAUCUUCUGAUGCGUGCUCAACCUAUAAUUGGCAAUCAAAGAUGUGGUUAUGUACACGAUGUAGAUAUAAAUGGACCUGUCAGUAUUUUGAAGCAGAAAAUAGCCAGGGGUGAAUUAAUAAAUGACAUGCAUCAAAUGAAGGUGACACAUACUCUAGAAAGAAUUUAUCAAGAAGUGCAAAAUUACAAGCCGCAACAGUUGAAUCUGUUGGAGAAAUGGUUUGGUGCCAAGAAGAAGAAAGUACCAAAAGGAUUGUACAUUUAUGGAGCAGUAGGUGGAGGUAAAACAAUGUUGAUGGACCUAUUUUACAAUUGCUGCCAGAUUGAAAACAAGAAGAGAGUUCACUUUCACUCCUUCAUGUUAGAUGUACAUAAUAGAAUACAUGAAGUGAAAAAAACCAUUGUACGAGAUGUUAAUAGCACAAAGUUGCAACCUUUUGACCCGAUACCUCCAGUUGCAGCUAAUAUUGCGGAAGAAGCUUGGCUGCUGUGCUUUGAUGAAUUUCAGGUGACAGACAUCGCGGAUGCUAUGAUAUUGAAACGAUUGUUCACAAAGCUGUUUGAUAAUGGAGUAAUAGUAGUUGCAACUAGUAACAGAUCGCCAGACGAUUUGUACAAGAAUGGAUUACAGAGAGGAAACUUCGUGCCGUUUAUAAAAGUAUUAAAGGAUCGUUGCCUGGUUAGCAAUUUAGAUUCCGGAGUUGAUUACAGAUUGAAAUUGGGAUCUGGAAACAAAAAGAUAUACUUUAUAAAAGGCAAAGACGCUACAAAUGAUGUGGAUAAAGUUUUCAAAUAUUUGUGCUCGAUGGAGAAUGAUGUGGUACGAUCGCGAACAAUUUCUAUAAGGGGACGCAACGUUACUUUUCGAAAGACAUGUGGACAGGUGCUGGAUACCACAUUUGAGGAAUUGUGCGAUAGACCUCUCGGAGCAAGCGACUAUUUGCAAUUGAGUCAAGUAUUUCAUACAGUUAUAAUAAGAGAUGUGCCACAAUUAGAUCUGCGUUUUAAAUCUCAAGCAAGACGAUUUAUUACUCUGAUUGAUACGUUAUACGAUAACAGGGUGCGUGUAGUUAUGUCGGCAGCUGUACCACACACACAAUUAUUUCUACCCGAAGGCGAGUCUGAGUACACAGAUGAGAAAAGACUAUUGAUGGAUGAUUUAAAAAUUUCUCAUGGCUCGGACGAUCACAAGGCAAAUAUCUUUACUGGAGAAGAGGAACUCUUUGCGUUUGAUCGAACUGUGUCACGUCUAGCUGAGAUGCAGACUUUGCAAUAUUGGGAACAAUGGGAACAUCAUAGAUAAUGAUUGCGUUAAAUAGAGCUGAAGAUAUAUAUGGUUCUAUAGGAAUUUAUUUACUUUUAAAAGUACAAGUAUUACUAAUGCGACUUAUCAGUGGAUCUCAUGAGCAAAGUUACUUAACUAGUUAUUUAUUUAUAUUUUUUGUUAAUUAAUAUUUGGU